GACCCAGAUACGGUUACGGCCUUGUUUAGCUUGUCCUGAAUCUGCAGGGUUAGUGGUGCUUUUUUUGGGUAGCUGGGGUGUUGUUUUCGAGUUGUGGGUAUCUUGUGCUUUUCCCUCCGGGCCGUGGGGCUUGUUGUUGCUGGUAUCUGAUUUGGAAUGUGAGGAUUUGAUGCUUUGUUUUGGAAUCCUAUCUUUGCUUCUGGGUUCAAUCUAAGAUUGUCUGUAGAGUGAUACCUGCACAUGCCCACUUGUAUGUUGAAACCCCACGGCGACUCCUGAUAUUAAGAUUUGCUUUUGGAGCUGGAGGUGGUGCUCAUUUGGUGUUUCAGAUUCAGUGGACAUUUUCUCAGAUUUAUGUAGUAGUUUUCUGAAUUACCGGCUUUUGCAAAAGAAGGUCUUCAUGCCGCAUUUUGCAGAGGAGGGCCAGAAGGAGCUGAAUUACUGGCUUUUACAAAAGAAGGUCUUCAUGUUACAUUUUGCAGAGGAGGGCCAGAAGGACAUAUAGUGCUCUGUUGACAGAAGAAGUGGAGCGCUUUUGCGUCUGCUUGCAUAAAGGAUGAAGGGAAGCUUUCAUGGUUUGAGAGGCAAACAACUCUCUGUUUUGCUCAUUACUAUUGUCUUCAUGAGCAUUCUCGUGUGGUCAUGGGAGAAAAAUCCGUUCCGUACCACCUUUCUUCAUCCUCAGAACAUAUGGUUACCCCUAUCUUCAGAUAUACAAACGAAAGCCCAUUUAGAGACAACAGUCACGUCUCAACCACCUGAAUCUAGUGGCAUUGAUAAAUCCUCUAUUGCAGAGGAAGUGACAAUAAAGGAUUUAGAUAAGAGACAAUUUCAGGUAGCCCCUUCAAAGGGCUCACCUUGGAUGGCUGAUGUUGGUGGAAAUUUGACGAGCCAUGUGGAGGAAAAAGAAACUGCUACCAUUUUUGCAGAAGAACCCAAGAAAGUGAUAAAAGGCGUGGAACCUGAAGAGAAUGACACUGCUGAAAGCAUCACUGAAUCCGGGGGAAAGCAGGAACAUGAUUCAGGAGUAGACAAUUCAAAACAAGAAGAAAGAAUAAAUUUUCAAGUGCCUCCUGGUUCUGAACAUAUUAAUGCUACAUUGCCAGGCGAAAACUAUGAGAAAGCACCCAAUCUAGAGGAGAAUCAAGCAGCCUGUAACUUUGCCAAAGGAAAAUGGGUUGUGGAUGAUGAAAGGCCCUUAUACUCUGGCUUUAGUUGUAAGCGAUGGCUUUCAGGAAUGUGGGCCUGCCGGAUGACCCAGCGCAUGAAUUUUGACUACGAGACACUUAAAUGGCAACCUAAAAAUUGCCAGAUGGAAGAGUUUGAAGGUUCUAAGUUCCUAAAAAGGAUGCAAGACAAGACCUUGGCCUUUGUUGGAGAUUCCCUGGGUCGGCAGCAAUUUCAGUCGCUAAUGUGCAUGAUUACUGGUGGUAAGGAUAGGCCUGAUGUCUUAGAUGUUGGAAGAGAGUAUGGGCUGGUGAAAGCAAAACAUGCAGUCCGCCCUGAUGGUUGGGCAUACCGAUUCCCAAGCACCAACACCACUGUCCUCUACUAUUGGUCCGCAAGCUUGUGUGGUCUAGAACCGCUGAAUAAAACAAAUCCAGCAACUGAAUAUGCCAUGCACCUAGAUCGGCCACCAGCAUUUUUGCAAAGGUUUAUCCACAGAUUUGAUGUUCUAGUUCUUAACACUGGCCAUCACUGGAACCGUGGUAAGCUCAAUGCUAAUCGAUGGGUAAUGUAUGUGGGCGGUGCACGCAACACCAACAAGAAGAUUGCGGAAAUUGGCCGUGCGAAGAACUUGACCAUCCACAGCAUUGUGAGUUGGGUGAACUCACAACUCCCGAAAUACCCUCGUCUUAAGGCGUUCUACAGGAGCAUCUCUCCUAGGCAUUUCGUGAACGGGGAUUGGAACACGGGAGGGAGUUGCAAUAACGAAAUGCCCAUGUCUAUAGGCAAGGAAGUGUUACAGGAUAAAUCCAGCGAUGUUGCUGCGGAGAGUGCAGUAAGGGGGACAAAAGUUAGGCUUUUGGACAUAACGGCGUUGUCGCAGGUUAGAGAUGAAGGUCACAUCUCCCGAUUCAGCAUUAAGGGCACAACAGGAAUGCAAGAUUGCUUGCACUGGUGUCUGCCCGGCGUUCCCGACACAUGGAAUGAACUUCUUUUUGCUCAAAUUUAGACAGGAAAAUUUACACUUUAUAAUACACCGUUCUGGAGAAGCAACUGCGAUGCCUUCAUUCUUGUGCUGAUGCAUCACUCUUUGAACGGCCACAGCCGGUAGCACAACUUCUCUCAUUAGGAUUGACAUUACAGGGACCUGUUUUUCAAUAUCAAAUGGUUCCUGUAUUGCAUCACAAUGAAGACAAAUGACAGUGGAGCAGCGGCCAGGGGCUGGAAGAUCGAAAGUCAGUUUUGUACCUUAAGAUCCUCCAGUUUUAUAUAGGCGUCUGUUCAUUUGUUGAAAUUAUGUUGUAAGAUUAAGUUGUUUGAGAAUAUGCAUUUUUUAGGGGGAUCAAGGGAGAAUCAGAGAUGGCAUGUAGUGGCUAUAUUCUUUUUUCAUUUGUUCUGUAUUGAAUAUAUUCAAGCAUCUGUGAUUUGCCUCCUCUGUGCUUCAGGCUCAAA